CGCGGAGCCGCGUCGCCAGGCACAGCCGCCGCCCGGACUUGGCCCGCAGCCACCCGGCCAUGGCUUCGGGCCCCGCGGAGGCGGAGACGCGACAGAGGCUGCUACGCACCGUCAAGAAGGAGGUGAAGCAGAUCAUGGAGGAGGCUGUCACGCGGAAGUUUGUCCACGAAGACAGCAGCCACAUCAUCUCCUUCUGUGCGGCUGUGGAGGCCUGUGUCCUGCAUGGUCUGCGGCGGCGGGCGGCGGGUUUCCUGCGCAGCAACAAGGUUGCAGCUCUCUUCAUGAAAGUGGGCAAGAGCUUCCCGCCCGCUGAGGAGUUGAGCCGCAAAGUCCAGGACCUGGAGCAGCUGAUUGAGAGCAUGCGAAACCAGAUCCAGGGCCUCCAGGAGAACGUGCGGAAGCUGCCGAAGCUGCCCAGUCUGUCCCCACUUGCCAUCAAGCACCUUUGGAUCCGUACUGCCCUGUUUGAGAAGGUCCUGGACAAAAUUGUGCAUUACCUUGUGGAGAACAGCAGUAAAUACUAUGAGAAGGAAGCGCUCCUGAUGGACCCUGUGGAUGGCCCCAUCCUUGCGUCUUUGCUGGUGGGGCCCUGCGCCCUGGAGUACACCAAGAUGAAGACUGUGGAUCACUUCUGGACCGACCCCUCGGCCGACGAGCUUGUCCAGAGGCACCGCAUUCACAGCUCGCACCUGCGGCAGGACUCGCCCACCAAGCGUCCGGCCCUCUGUAUCCAGAAGAGGCAUUCGAGUGGCAGCAUGGAUGAUCGGCCGUCCCUCUCUGCCCGUGACUAUGUCGAGUCCCUGCACCAGAACUCCAGGGCCACCCUGCUCUAUGGCAAGAACAACGUGCUGGUCCAGCCGAGGGAUGACAUGGAGGCUGUGCCAGGAUACCUGUCCCUGCACCAGACGGCUGGCGUCAUGACCUUGAAGUGGACGCCCAACCAGCUGAUGAAUGGGUCUGUGGGGGACCUGGACUAUGAGAAGAGUGUCUACUGGGACUAUGCCAUGACCAUCCGCCUGGAGGAGAUUGUCUACCUGCACUGCCACCAGCAAGUGGACAGCGGCGGGACAGUGGUGUUGGUCAGCCAGGACGGGAUCCAGAGGCCGCCCUUCCGCUUCCCCAAGGGAGGGCACCUCCUGCAGUUCCUCUCGUGCCUGGAGAACGGGCUGCUCCCCCACGGGCAGCUGGACCCACCACUCUGGUCUCAGCGCGGGAAGGGCAAAGUAUUUCCCAAACUGCGCAAGCGAAGCCCUCAGGGUUCCGCCGAGUCCACAUCUUCAGACAAGGAAGAUGACGAGGCCACGGAUUACGUGUUCAGGAUCAUCUACCCUGGCAUGCAGUCUGAAUUCGCUGCUCCCGACCCCUUGGACAGCACUCUCCCCAUCUCUGUGGGCCCUGCCUGGAUGGUGGCUCCUGCGGGCCGGUCCAUGCUGGGGGUAGCCAGAGACAGUCAGUGGGCACGAACCAGAUGGGACACCACCCUCCCCCUGCCAAGCUCGAAGCAGUCACCUCCCAUCCCCCAGGACGUUACGGAUGUCUCCGUGAGCAGCCUGCCAUCCCUAUGGCACCCCAGCCCCCGGAAGUCCUCCUGCUCAUUCUGUUCACAGAGUGGCUCAGCUGACGGCGGAUCAGCCAACGGCUGCAACCAUGAGAGGGCUCCCUUGAAGCUUCUCUGUGACAAUAUGAAGUACCAGAUCCUUUCCAGAGCCUUCUAUGGAUGGCUUGCCUACUGCAGACACCUGUCCACCGUGCGAACCCACCUGUCAGCCCUGGUCAAUCACAUGAUCGUGUCUCCAGACUUGCCCUGUGAUGCUGGACAAGGGCUGACGGCCAGGAUCUGGGAGCAGUACCUGCAGGACAGCACGAGUUACGAGGAGCAGGAGCUGCUGCGCCUCAUCUACUACGGGGGCAUCCAGCCAGAGAUCCGCAAGGCCGUGUGGCCCUUCCUCCUGGGCCACUACCAGUUCGGGAUGACGGAAACAGAAAGGAAGGAGGUGGACGAGCAGAUUCAUGCCUGCUACGCACAGACCAUGUCGGAGUGGCUGGGCUGUGAGGCAAUCGUGCGGCAGAGGGAGCGGGAGUCCCAUGCGGCUGCCUUGGCCAAAUGUUCAUCAAGGGCCAGCCUGGACAGCCACCUGCACCAGAUGAUGCACCAGGACUCUACCAUCAGCAACGAGUCCUCUCCCAGCUGCAGUUCAGGCCGCCAGAACAUCCGCCUACAGAGUGACUCCAGCGGCAGCACACAGGUAUUUGAGUCUGUGGACAAGGUGGAGCAGGUAGAGGCAGAAGGCAGGUCGGAGGAGAAACAGCCCAAGAUGCCUAAUGGGAACCUGGUGAAUGGCACCUGCUCCCCAGACUCUGGCCAUCCUUCCUCCCACAACUUCUCUUCAGGCCUCUCGGAGCACUCGGAGCCCAGCCUGAGUACAGAAGACAGUGUCAUGGAGGCCCAGCGGAACGCCUCCCUGGGGCUUCGGCCCGGGGACAGCAGUGUGGAUGAUGGGCAGAGCAGCGAGGCCACCACUUCCCGGGACGAGGCUCCCUGUGAGGAGCUGGCCGCGCAGGACAGCCUGGAGAGCGACCUCCUGGCCAAUGAGAGCAUGGACGAGUUCAUGUCUGUCACCGGCAGCCUGGAUGUGGCUCCACCAGAAAAGGAGGUCGCCAUGAUGGGGAGCUGGGGGGGCGGUGAGGUGCAGAAACAUGGCUGGGUGGACAGUGAGGACAACCUCUCAGAAGAGCCUGAGAUGGAAAGUCUCUUCCCCACCCUGGCUGCUCUGGCUGUGACCACAUCUGCCAACAAUGAAACAUCCCCUGUGUCUUCCAGCGGUGUCACCUACUCCCCUGAGCGGCUGGACCAGUACACGGUGAACCUGCACCGCGUCGAGAAGGACGUGCAGAGGUGUGACCGCAGCUACUGGUACUUCACUCCUGCCAACCUGGAGAAGCUGCGCAGCGUCAUGUGCAGCUACAUCUGGCAGCACAUUGAGGUCGGCUAUGUCCAGGGCAUGUGUGACCUCCUGGCUCCGCUGCUGGUCAUUCUAGAUGAUGAGGCCCUCGCUUUCAGCUGCUUCACGGAGCUCAUGAAGAGGAUGAACCAGAACUUUCCCCAUGGGGGAGCCAUGGACACGCACUUUGCCAACAUGAGGUCACUAAUCCAGAUCCUGGACUCGGAGCUCUUUGAGCUGAUGCAUCAGAACGGGGACUACACUCACUUCUACUUCUGCUACCGCUGGUUCCUGCUGGAUUUCAAGCGAGAACUCGUCUAUGACGAUGUCUUCUCCGUCUGGGAGACCAUCUGGGCAGCCAAACACGUCUCGUCCGCCCACUACGUCCUGUUCAUCGCGCUGGCUCUGGUGGAGGUCUACCGUGACAUCAUCCUGGAGAACAACAUGGAUUUCACAGACAUCAUCAAAUUCUUUAACGAAAUGGCCGAGCGACACAACACCAAGCAGGUCCUGAAGCUGGCCCGGGACCUCGUGUACAAGGUGCAGACUCUGAUCGAGAACCAGUGAGGACCACCAAGCCCCAGCGGCAUCCGCCACCCACCUGUCCUGCCCGCCUUUCCUCCUGGCCGCCUCGGGAGCCAGGGCCUGGGGUCUGUUCGUGAGCGGGGGCUUCUGUGCAAAGAGAAACCAUCCCGACUUUGGCCGUGGGGCAGACUAGUCACAAAGUAGAGCACAAGAUCUCUCCUCCGCUCCCUUUGGUGGUGUUCCAGAGAAGCGUCUGUGGUUGUAAUUUGGAGUAACUCAUAUUUAUUCGGCUCACUCUGCUUACUCUGUCCUUGUGUCCUGGAACCACACGUGCGGGAGUCAUUCUGCCUGUGGAGUGCCCUCCUUUUCUCAGUGUUGCCAACAUAUCUUGUAAUUGUUUACUGAAGAGUUGGGUCUAUAUAGAAAAUAUAUAUAUAAAUGUA